AUGGCUCACGAAAGCUCGAGGCAGGAGAGGCAGGAAAGGCAGCAGCGAGACCGUGGAGUGACCCGAUCCAAGGCAGAAAAGGCACGGCCACCCAUCGUGCCAGUGCCACAGGUGGAUAUCGUGCCUGGGAGGCUCAAUGAGGCCGAGUGGAUGGCGCUUACGGCUCUCGAGGAGGGAGAGGAGGUGGUGGGUGACAUCUUGGCGGAUCUGCUGGCUCGGGUCAUGGAUUCCGCCUUCAAAGUCUACCUGACCCAACAGUGCAUUCCAUUCACCAUCAGCCAGGCCAGGGAGGCCAUGCUGCAGAUCACUGAGUGGCGCUUCCUAGCCCAAGACAAGGGAGAAUCUGCAGUGGCUGAGGACCCCACAUGGGGCGAGGAUGAGGAGCCAUCGGCGUGUACGAUAGACUCCUGGGCUCAAGGUUCAGUGCCAGUGCUGCACACACCCACCUUAGAGGGCCUGCAAGAGAACUUCAAAGGCGAAGACCCCGGGAACGUGGACAGGAUCGCUUUAGAAAGAUCAUGGAUGGGUAGAGGCUCCCAGGAGCAGAUGGAAUCUCUGGAGCCUUCUCCGGAGCUGAGAGUCACCCCAGGCGCCCCUCCCACACCGGAGCUGUUUCAAGAGGCAGAGCCCAGAGGUCCUUUAGAGGAAUCGGACCCACUCGUCGCCAGGUCCUUGAACGAGAGCUUCCAAUCAUCGGUGGAGGUGGAGUCUGCAGACAGUCCGCGGCCUUCUCUGGAGCUGUCCCUGGUAACGAGCUCCCAGGCCGCAGACCAGAGGGUACAGCCCCUCAGCUCCCAGUUGUUGGAAGACCCCAGCUACGGCAUGCCCCAGCUGGACGCAGCUAGGGACCGGCCGGAGCCCAAGACAGAGGGGGUACUCCGCGUGGCCUCGGGCGUGUCGGUGCCAGCUAGGGACAGCCCCACCCGGCUCAGUCCCUCAGUGUCCUUCCAGUCGCAGCAGCCCUGGCGCCCGGAUGUGCGGCCGAGCGCGCCUCCCUACGCAGUGGGCCAUAAGGCGGCCGUGCGCCUGGACCCCACGCGGUUCCCGCGCCACUGGGUGCGCCCCCUGGCCGAGGUCCUGCUCCCAGACUCCGAUACGCGCCCCUUGGAAGCCUACCGCGGGCGUCAGCCGGGUGAGAAGACCGAGGCCCUGGUGGAAUCCCAAAGCCUUAGCCAUGGCGACCGCGUCUUCCGGGCAAAGUUCUUUCCUUUCCGGCCUGACGUUCCUUUCCGUGCCUUGGGCCCAGGCCGCCGACCCCAAUCCCCCACUUUAAAAUUACGCCUACCGUCGCUAUCCUUCGGGUCACAGCUGCCAUUCCCCAGCCCCGGGCUGCAUUUCCUCACCCGGUGCCCGGCGCUCCUUGAUGUGGCUCGCAGCCCCAGCCCCAAGCUGUGGCCCAGUGCCAAGUGGCCCAGCGGCUGGGAGGGGGAGGCCGAGCUGCUGGGUGACCUGUGGGCUGGCCGGACCCGUGUGUCUGCACAGGGCCUGGAGCCCACAGACAGGGAGGAUCAGGAUCAUCAAAGAUGGCUUCAAACUACACCCCACGUCCUCGAGGCCACGUCCCAGGUGAUGUGGAAGCCCAUGUCACUGCCAGAAGCCAUGAAGCUGGCCCCUGGUGUAAGCAUGUGGAACCCAAGCACCCAGGUGCUGCUGAGCUCUGCCGUGCCCCAGGAGGAGGACAAAGACAGCAGCACCUUUCCUCCCAUUGACCAGCACCCCAUCCAGACAGGUGCGCCAAAGCCCCAGGUGACCGUGGCACAGCUAAUGAACUCAACCCCCAAAGUGUGGUCGAUCCCUUGCAAGCCCCUGCCCCAUUCUGAGCCCUGA